CACGCUGGGUCCGACAGGAUGGAAAGCUGCACUGUUGAUCUCAAGGCUCUCGCCUGGCAUAACAAGAGUCUAGUGGAGGGUUGUCCUGCUGUGUCACACAUCUCCCGCAGUCACAGCAGCUGCAGCGCUGACACCUGCCGCCAUGACCCCUCAACAGUGUACACACAGCUCUCCUACCUCGACUCUCCCAGAUCCAACUCCUCCAACGGCUUCGCCACCAGAAGGAAAGGCACAAUGACUUACCGUGGAACAUACGAAGCUUUAUACACAACCAGCUGGAAAAGCUGAAGCUGAACGAGAGCUUGAAGACGGUGGAGCCCUGGUCUGUCAGCAACUGGUCCCAUACUGAUAUACCCAGACUCUUAGAAGGGCGAGUUGGUGGCCAGUUCUGGGUGGCGUACACACCGUGUGCAGCGCAGUACCAGAACGCGGUACAGUUGACUCUGGAGCAGAUUGACCUCAUCAAGCGGGUCAUUAAGAAAUACAAUCAGUACCUGGAGCUGGUAACAAAUUCUCAAGACAUCAAGACGGUGUUUAAGAAGGGCAAGAUCGCCAGUCUGAUCGCUAUCGAGGGAGGUCACGGCAUCAGCAACAGCUUCGGCUCUCUGAGGAUGAUGUACGAGCUUGGGGUCCGUUACCUCACCCUCACCCACGCCUGCAACACUCCCUGGGCCACCUCCUCUGUGAUAGAGAGACAGUCUCCGGAUGCCAAGAAAACAGAAAACUUCGGUCUUACCGAUUUUGGCAAGAAGGUGGUGCAAGAGAUGAACCGUUUGGGCAUGAUGGUGGAUCUGUCUCACGUCUCCACGCAGACUAUGAGGGAUACCCUAGCCACCACACAGGCGCCCAUCAUCUUCUCUCACUCCUCCUCCCGCGCCCUCUGCGACAACCCCAGGAACGUCCCCGACGAAAUCCUCCACGAGGUGAAAAAAAAUCGAGGGAUCGUCAUGGUUAGUUUUUAUGCCGACCAUGUCAGCUGCACCGAGCCUGCCAACGUUACUCACGUCGCCAGACACAUCAGCCACAUCAGGGAGGUGGCUGGCAUCGACCAUGUGGGUAUCGGCGCUGAUUUUGACGGCAUAAAUAAGACUCCAGAUGGAUUGGAGGACGUCAGCAAGUACCCUUUCCUGCUGGCGGAGCUCCUCAGAGAUCCUACCUGGACGGUAGAAGACAUUAGGAAACUUAUAGGAGAGAACAUCAUCAGGGUUUUCUCCGAGGUGGAGAGGGUGCGGGAUGACCUGCUGGCCAAGGGAGUGGAGCCGCUGGAGGAGGAGAUCCACCCAGAGUACCUGAGAGGCAAGACCAACUGCACCUACAUUUUCGACUGAUACCUUCAAUCACUUGGCGACAGCGGCACAGCAUCUCUGUUGUCGAUUGCCAUCAUCGGGCUACAACGAUGUCGUUUGCUAUCAUCCGGCUACAAUGAAGUCGUCUGCCAUCAUCUGGCUACUACGCUGUCGCUUUCCAUCAUCCGGCUACAGCCUCGCGGCGACUUUGAUGUCGUCUGUGAAUAUUUAGCGACAUCUCUCAUCUUGUGUUCAUGUCUAGCACCUUCAGACGACAUUUCCACCUUUGCUUCCGGCAUAUUUGCGAGUACUGUAUCUUUCGCAGCCUCACGGUGGCAUUACCAUCCUAUACUGAAGACGUUUCCUGACAUCCUCGUUGACAUCCGUAAUAAGUCACGCUUCGUUUCAUAAUGAGACAUCUCCUCAAACCGAGACAUCACCUCAUACCGAGACAUCACCUCACACCGAGACAUCACCUCACACCAAGACAUCAACUCACACCGAGACAUCACCUCACAGCGAGAUAUCACCUUACACCGAGACUUCAACCCACAUCAAGACAUCACCUCAUACUAGAACAUAAGAUAUCUUGGUUCAAGACAUCCCUUCACCCUGAGACAUCAUAUAACUGUCGAGACAUCAUCUCACACCGAAACAUCUCAAUGCUGAGACGUCUUACGAUCGAGACAUCAUCUCACGCCGAAGCAUCAUCUCACUGCCGAGACAUCAUCUCACGCCUACACAUCGUCUCACUCCCGAGACGUCAUCUAACCAUCGAGACAUCAUCUCACCGCCUAGACAUCGUCUCACCGCCGAGACAUCAUUUCUCAUCUCGACGUCAAUGACCAUGAUUGAGGCUCGUGCUGUCGAAGUAAUAAAAAUGACAAGAGGAAUUCCAGUGAUUUUUCAGUGGAAAAGAUUCGGUCUUCUCAGUGGCUGACAAGAGUCGUGAGAUUUACAGCAGUCCGGCGUGACUCAUCAGCGGCGCGGGAAAAUAUUCUUUUGGGUAGAAUACAGCUCUGAUGAGAAAAUACUCAGGAUGGACAUUUAUUGGACUAGCGCUUCGCCCAGGGUUGGGCUAUGUUAAUUUCAUGACUUGAUGCAGUUCUUACCCUGAGCGAAUGCGUUUUCUGUGUUUAUAUCUAUAUUGAUCAGAAUUGCGUCUAUGCAUCUAGAAAGUGGAAGAAAUGUAUCAUUAAAGUCAUAACGAAAUGCUGUGCUUCCCGUUUUGACGAGAUAAAAAAGAUGCGAAGGGUAGAAAUUUUCAAGGGAAAAUAGGAACAAGCACCAGAACAACUAGACUGUAAUGGCUAUGUAGCCCUGCGGGCAGCGAGCAACAAGAGCCUGGUUGAUUAGGCGGUCCACAAAGAAGUCUGGUGUCAGGGAAUGGCGGUCUGAAUGCGAGAGUAGAUCUCUGGAAACCAGACACGGGUAUGUCAUAGGUAUGUUAUAACUCCUUGAUCACAAAGGUGUUUGUGUUGGUGCUGGCCGCCGCAACAAACACCCUAAGAUCACAACCAUUCACACUGUGACAGCAACUUACGAGAAGCGUCGCAUUGUUCCCUCGAGUACCAGAUAUUAUGGAUCACCUCUCCCGACCUUUAUCCUAUGCCAGUGUAGCAUAAUCAUCGUGAGGAAUAAUCUAAGCCAGUGUAGCAUAAUCAUCGAAGGGAACAAUCUAUGACAGUGCAUCAUAAUGAGCGGAAGGAGUAAUAUAUUAGGGAAACCAGCUGCGUUUGGAAAUAAAAUAAGUUCGACCUCACACACGAAUGUUUAUCUUUCUCUUUGUUUUAACGUGUAUGUGUGAGCCUCUGUAGCAGAAGCGCGUAUGCCUGCGUCACUGUAACAUGAAUGUAACACAAACAUGUAUCCCUGUGUGAACCUUCGCCUCGAAAACGAACCAGAAAACGAAACGCGAAAUUGAAAAGUUUGUGAAUCACUGAAAUCGUCUUUACGCUGUUUAAAAGGAAAACUUUGAGUGGAAUUUGCAAGACUUCUACUCUAAAUACAAGAAAAGGACGGACAAAAUUCCGAUAUUGCGUCAUUAAUAGCUGACUUCAUUCGAACCACCAUUAACAGUUUGGUUUAGUUGGUCAACCUCCGUGUACUUAACACAGUUAAACGAAAUUAACAUUAUUAAAUAAAAUAAAAUAAAUUGGUAUAUAGAAGUGGUGAAUGAGACGAAGUCAGUCGGGUAACGUAAAAGAUUAUUUUCAAAAGGGCAAACCAAAUUCAUGCAAAAAGAAUUCUGGCUGUGAGUUAAUUCAUAUAAGAAAAUACCUGAUUUGGGCUCAUUUUAAACCCUUAAUCGAGGUUCCACAUCCGGUUUGCAGGACUCAGUAAAGGACUUUCGCUGGACACUAGAAGUGACUUGGAAAGACUUUAACAUGAUAUGUAGGAGAAAUUGAAUAUGAUUAUACUAAACGAAGUUACGUGAAAUUAUUAGUGUGUGUGUGUCAUAGUGUAACCGUGAUAAUUUAGGGCAGGCCUAGGAAACACGGUUAGGAAGGAUAGGCCUAGAAGAGACAAAAUGACAGAGGUUAUAUUUAAAAGAGUAGGGCAAGAUAAUGUAGAGUAAAAGAAAAUACUUAAGGAUAAAAAAGCCAAGGAGAAAGGAAGAACAUUCUGACUCGGAGACAAUUUGACUUGAAGAAUCAGCAGAGUUCAGACAUGUGAAGUAGUCAGAAAAAUUAAUUUUGAAUCAGGACAAUCAAUGGGAGAGUAUCGAAGAGGCAUAAAGAAAUGGUAAAGGCUUUACUGCAAUUCGAACAUGCGGGUUUAUAAUCAGGAUGGUCAUGAUGUUCUCCAGGAGCCUCAAGCAGAAACAAAAAAAAAUAAAAUCAACGUGACAUAAAACUAGCAACUUACAGCUCAUGAAAAUUCAUAAUUAGACAUUAAGCUAAAACUUUUCAACAAAAGCGUAUUGACUAUGAAACAAACUGACAAUAUGACUAAUUUUACACCGAUUUUGCUUUUUAUUAUGAAGUAAUAAUUAGUUUAACGUUUACCAUUAUCUGUCUCCGUGGUUUGUAUUACUUCGUGAUUUUUGAGACAUACAAAAAUGCUCCAUUAUGUAAGUUGAACAUUUCUCAUGCGGACCCGAGACGACAUUAAUUACUAAAAGUUUAGAUUGGUUAAAUUUUAGUUAAUAUAUACCAUGGAAUUCAACACCGGCUUUUUCAUUCACCAAGCGGCUCUUCCAUUCACCAAGCGGCUCUUCCACUCACCAAGCGGCUCUUCCAUUCACCGCCGGGCCAGGCUGUUUCUUUCAUCAUCCAACUGUUCAAUUUAGUGCUCAACUGUUUCAUUCGUAAAUCAGCUCCUUCACUGCCACCUGUUUCUUUACCUUCUCAGCUGUCCCAUUCGCUGCUUACUUGGAAGUGGAAUGGUAUAUAAAAACUAACGAGGUGGAGCAAACGCAGUUUAAAUUAUGUGGAUAUUUUUAUUAAUUACAACAUUUCUCCUCCGAUGACUUUUUAAAGCUCACUAUGCGGGCGAAAUGUUGUCGUCGAUAAAAGUAUCCAAAACAUCUAAGUAUCAUUUACUUCGCUGCUUGGAUGCUCUUUUCUCAAGCUGUUCCUUUACCUCUUUAGUUUACCUACCCACCUGCUCCUUUAACUAGCCAAUUGCUCCUUUAGUUAUUGGCUAUUCCUUUAACUUCCCUGUUGUGCCUUUACCUUCGCUUCUGUUCCUUUGCGUCCCCAACUGCUCCCUUAUUUUUCUCAAAUGUUUCUUUGUCUCCCCAGUCAUUUCUGCCAUUGCUCUGUUGAACAAAGUUCCAGCUAUUUUAUCAACAUUUUCUGCCGCUUCAGGCAAUCAAUCCCGGCUGUACCCGUCAGCAUUCAUAAUCUUCCUAAAGGCUAAAAAGGAAGAGCCAUCAGGAUUACGUUACUUCCAACUGAGUUAUCAGUAUCCAAAAGUAUUCAUGCUAUUCCCACCGGUAUUCAUGCUAUUCCCAAAGGCUAAGCUAUAGUAGUCAUGAGUAUUCAUGCUAUUCCGAAAGGCUAAGCUGUAAUAGCCAUGAGUAUUCAUGCUAUUCUCAAAGUCGAAACUGUUGUAGCCAUCAGUAUUCAUACUAUUCGCAAAGACCUAUCAGUAGUAGUAAUCAUCAGUAUUCAAGCUAUUCCCAAAGGCUCUUCAUUCGUUGCUACCAAUGUUCGUGCUAUUCCCAAAAGGUUCGACCUCCAGCGUUGCGUGAGUUGCUCUUAACAUCAUGGUUUCUCUUAUUACUAUUUGCACUGUUUACAUAAAGAAAAAAAUUACCAAGCAACACGACAGCCUCCGCGGCUGGCUCAUGGCCACUACCAGUAAUCCCUGAGAAUAAACUUAACCAAGGACUUCGAACAGUACACCUUGGUUAGACUUCUCUGAAUACAGAUCGGACUGCCUACCAUUUCCGUUACUAGCUCAUGACUUCUAACCUCAUUUGAAACUAUACUUGAUGUAUAGAUUUUCAUUAAGGUAUGGGAGCAGCCUAUGAGACUGAGGGAAGCAACGGUUUUUUGCGGUACGGAUGGGUGGGGCUGAAGACCUCCUAGCCGUUAUGGCCUUCUCACUCCGCUUAUUUAUCUAUGUUGCCUCUAUCCUAGCAACUUCGUUGUAGUUUAACUUGCAUCACACGUUUUGUGUCUAUAAACCUGAGGUAGCUAUUGUGGGUCUCAAAGGGGGAAGAGGCCCAUUGCAGCUCCACGCCUUUAUGCUACCUAACCUUAGCGUUAUUUUUUUAUCUUGCGCUUGCAGCAUUAUACUAGUUAAUGUGUGACAACGGCAGUGCAAAUGAGUCUCCUGUAGUUUAUACGGAGACUCGUUUACCUACCCACGUCGUUCAAGUUUUACAUCUAUGCUAAAUUUUACUGUAGCUUGAGUGAAAAGGGCUUAAGAGAGGACUAUCACCGGCUGGUGGUCCUCUGUGGUAAGCGAGGCUGUAAGCCCUAUCUAAAGAAGUGCUAAAAAAAGAAUAGGCCUCUUUAUGAUCUCUGGUGGGGCAAACAUUUUCUUGAAAGAAAACCCAGUGCUCAAAACUGCUCUUUGUGCAUUGCGAAAACACGAAUCAUUGAUGAACUGCUUACACGUUUUUCUUGAUGCAUUCAGUUAGGGCAUGUAGGCUGUUUAUGCAGACUAAAAAGACAAGUUAUUUGUGAAGACAAUAAGGACGUGUAGGAUAUUUACAUAGAAAAUUCGGACUCUUUAGGCUGUUUAUGUAGACAAUAAAACCUUGCAACUUGUGAAAGAAAUUCCAUACGGGGGAGGGGGGAGAAAUGGGGUUAAAGAUAUUGUUGAAUUGGGAGGGAAAGCUCUGUUAGCUUUGCUCCCUAACAAUAGGUUGUGCAGAGUGACCUGAGGACGCUGAACCACCGCCUCAACUCACGACUUAUCUAAAUGCUAAUUUGUGAAAAAGAAAAACAAAGAAAAAAUGCACUUUAGCUACAAAGAAUGGGAUCAAAUACACAAAAAAAAGACUAGACUACACAGCUAAGUGAAUAUAAACCUUCGAGUUCUAUUGAAAUAUAUGGAUUCGUUAUUUUGUUACAUUAGUGGAUGACUAUACUUUGUGACAAUCAGUGAAUGAGGCGAGGAGUGGGGGCUCGGCUGGUGUCGAGUCUGCAGCGCCAGUGCAGGACCAGGUAGAUAUACCCUUCUUAGUUUUGUUCAUGUUUCAUUGCAGCCUUAAUGUUAGGAAGCAGGUGAUGGUGUGUGUGUGUGUGUGUGUGUGUGUGUGUGUGUGUGUGUGUGUGUGUGAGUAAUGGUUUGUGGUUCCUGCAUGGAAAUGUCACCACCACCAUGAUUACCGGUACUACUACUAUUACUACCACUACCACCUCUACUUUCACCACAUCACUACCCCAUAUCGUUAACACCGCUGACCUCACCACUUUCAUCAGCACAACUUUAUCACCAACACUGUCGCUUCCAUAAACACCACCAUCAUCAUCACUCCUGUCACCACCCUUUCCAUUCUCACCUCCAUUCUUACCACCACCACUACCGCCACCACCAACACCACCACCACCAACACCACCACCGCCACCACCAGCACCACCAGCACCACACCACCAGCACCAUCCCCACCACCACCACCAACACCACCAACGCCACCAGCACCACCAGC